AUGGCUCUUAUUCAUCGUGCACAGACUUUUGGGGAGAAAUUACCAUUUGCUUCUUUCUCUCUACAGAAGAGCUUUCUGGCUUUCCUUGUUGCAGUUGGCAGCCUGGUGACCCUGGGUGAUGCAUACUGCUUUGUGGAACUUCAGGUUCCAGGCAGGCCCUACAGAGGCUGCAUAAUGAAUGGAAAACUGUAUCCCUUUGGACACAUUGAGAGGACAGAAGAUUGCUAUAAAUGCGACUGCCGGCAAGGUGGAAUGCAAUGCUGUUCCAUCUAUUUAACUCCUGUUUCUUAUGACCGAAAGAACUGUAAAUUUGUUUUUGACAAGAAGCGCUGUCGCUAUGAUAUCCUGCAGAGGGACAACUCCUCACAGCCAUGUUCUGCUGCUUCUCUUGUGGGCUAA